AUGGGCUCCAAGAAGCGGUCGCCGCAGCAUCCCGCCUCCCCAGCCGGCGGCGAGGUCGGCGCCCAGACGGCGGGCAAGGCCACGCCGGUGACGGCGGCGCCGGAGUCGGCGCCCGUGGCGGUGGUGCCGAAGCCUCCGGACGUGGCGCCCUUCCUGACCAAGGUCUACGACAUGGUCUCCGACCCGGCCACCGACGCGGUCAUCUCCUGGAGCGCCACCGGCGGCAGCUUCGUGAUCUGGGACUCGCACGUUUUCGAGCGCGACCUGCUGCCGCGGCACUUCAAGCACAACCACUUCACCAGCUUCAUACGCCAGCUCAACACCUACGGAUUUCAUAAAGUUGAUCCAGAUAGAUGGGAAUGGGCGAAUGAAGGUUUUAUUAAGGGCCAAAAACAUCUUCUGAAGACCAUCAAGAGAAAGAAGAAAUCCUCUCAGGAUGUACCUAGUGAUCUGCAGUCGGUGCCUGUCAAAACUGCACCUGGCACUGAGAAUAUUGAGAUAGGAAAAUAUGGUGGCCUUGAAAAGGAGGUUGAGACACUUAAGAGGGACAAGGCCCUUCUAAUGCAGCAGCUUGUAGAUCUGAGGCAGUACCAGCAAUCAUCCAGCCUUGAAGUGCAGAAUUUAAUUCAACGCCUCCGUGUGAUGGAACAGAACCAGCAGCAGAUGAUGGCACUUUUGGCAAUAGUUGUCCAGAAUCCAGAUUUCCUCAACCAGCUCGUGCAGCAGCAGCGCAGGAGUAACUGGUGGAAUGAUGAUGGUAACAGGAAAAGAAGGUUCCAAGCUCUGGAACAUGGUCCUGUAGAUGAUCAGGAGACUUCUGGUGGAGGCGCGCAAAUUAUUCAAUAUCGUCCUCCUGUUCCUGAAACUUCCAAUCAACCAAUACCAGCCAAUGAAGUUAUUUAUUCAACCCAUGCACAACCAGUUUCGAGCCCUGCACAACCAGUUUCAAGCCCUGCACUUGAGAUGCCCAUGGAUGUAGAAAUGACUUCAAACAAUGUUGAUACCCUUGAUUCAACUGGGAAUGAUUUUACUGACACCUCUGCUCUAUGUGAAUGGGAUGACAUGGAUAUAUUUGGUGACGAGCUAGAGUACAUUCUUCAACAGCCAGAGCAGAACUUUCAAGUGGACCCUCCUCUAACAGUUGAAGAUUAUGGUUAUGAUCGUCCACGGCUAGAGCAGGACUGUCAGAUGGAAGCACAACAGGAUUGCAAAAAUCCUCAAUAUGUUGCAACUUGUAAGUUGCAACUAGCAAUGUGGUUCCCGUUACUGAUGUGGCUUCAGUUUCUGCAGAUUUGUGAUGAACAGAAUCUUGAGACUGGCAGGGGUUGCUAUUUUGAGGCUGGAGGUGUGCUUAAACUGGGAACAUCCCUUACUGUUGCCUUCAAAAUGGCAUUGGAAACUUGGGCUUCAUGGGUGAAAGAGAGAAUCGAUCUAAGGCGAACACGAGUAUUCUUCCGCACAUAUGAACCGUCUCAUUGGAGAUUGCCCCGCAGCUGGUGGUUUCCAAUUGUUCCACUUCGCCGCCUUGUCCUGCUGUUCAACACAUUGUCCCUUACAAUAGCUGUGGACUCCAUGCCCUUUGGUAUCUCAAGGCGCUUUUCUCCAUGCCAUCCUCACUUCUCCUUGUGUUUCCUCUACGAUAAGUGCUCUCCUUGCAAGCGCCGGGGCCAGGAGGCUGCUGCUAAUUUCUUGAACAUAUCGAUGUUGACCAUCUCUUCAAAGUGCCUUGGUCAAGGAGAACAUUUAAUGAUAGCUGAGUUCUCGUUGUCCAGUGAAAUUGCUCCAAGUGUAAUUUUUCUGCAUGAGUGUGUCCGAAAUGCUGGCUGA